AUGGCUGGAGGCGCGAGGUCUCCCACCGCUUCCUGCUCGCGACAGCCACGGCAGCACCGCGGCCAGCAACAGCCCUACCCACACCAGCACACCCAGCAACAGCCCUACCCACAGCAGCACAUCCAGCAACAGCCCUACCCACACCAGCACCGCGGCCAGCAACAGCCCUACCCACACCAGCACACCCAGCAACAGCCCUACCCACACCAGCACGGCCAGCAACAGCCCUACCCACACCAGCACAUCCAGCAACAGCCCUACCCACACCAGCACAUCCAGCAACAGCCCUACCCACACCAGCACACCCAGCAACAGCCCUACCCACACCAGCACAUCCAGCAACAGCCCUACCCACACCAGCACAUCCAGCAACAGCCCUACCCACAGCAGCACAUCCAGCAACAACCCUGCCCACACCAGCACGGCCAGCAACAGCCCUACCCACACCAGCACAUCCAGCAACAGCCCUACCCACACCAGCACGGCCAGCAACAGCCCUACCCACACCAGCACAUCCAGCAACAGCCCUACCCACACCAGCACAUCCAGCAACAGCCCUCCCACACCAGCACAUCCAGCAACAGCCCUACUCACACCAGCACGUCCAGCAACAACCCUGCCCACACCAGCACAUCCAGCAACAGCCCUACCCACACCAGCACGUCCAGCAACAGCCCUACCCACAGCAGCACAUCCAGCAACAGCCCUACCCACACCAGCACCGCGGCCAGCAACAGCCCUACCCACACCAGCACACCCAGCAACAGCCCUACCCACACCAGCACGGCCAGCAACAGCCCUACCCACACCAGCACAUCCAGCAACAGCCCUACCCACACCAGCACAUCCAGCAACAGCCCUACCCACACCAGCACACCCAGCAACAGCCCUACCCACACCAGCACAUCCAGCAACAGCCCUACCCACACCAGCACAUCCAGCAACAGCCCUACCCACAGCAGCACAUCCAGCAACAACCCUGCCCACACCAGCACGGCCAGCAACAGCCCUACCCACACCAGCACAUCCAGCAACAGCCCUACCCACACCAGCACGGCCAGCAACAGCCCUACCCACACCAGCACAUCCAGCAACAGCCCUACCCACACCAGCACAUCCAGCAACAGCCCUACCCACACCAGCACAUCCAGCAACAGCCCUCCCACACCAGCACAUCCAGCAACAGCCCUACUCACACCAGCACGUCCAGCAACAACCCUGCCCACACCAGCACAUCCAGCAACAGCCCUACCCACACCAGCACGUCCAGCAACAGCCCUACCCACAGCAGCACAUCCAGCAACAGCCCUACCCACACCAGCACAUCCAGCAACAGCCCUACCCACACCAGCACGUCCAGCAACAGCCCUACCCACACCAGCACAUCCAGCAACAGCCCUGCCCACACCAGCACGUCCAGCAACAGCCCUACCCACACCAGCACAUCCAGCAACAACCCUGCCCACACCAGCACAUCCAGCAACAGCCCUGCCCACACCAGCACGUCCAGCAACAGCCCUACCCACACCAGCACAUCCAGCAACAGCCCUGCCCACACCAGCACGUCCAGCAACAGCCCUGCCCACACCAGCACGUUCAGCAACACGGCCGUGA